AUGUCCAAGGAGCUAGAAACAAAAGCCAUUAACACGAUCAGAGUGCUUGCUGCUGAUGUGGUUGCCAAGGCAAACUCCGGUCACCCUGGUGCCCCAAUGGGAAUGGCCCCAGCUGCCUACGCUGUGUUCACCCAAAUGAAGUUCAACCCAAAGAACCCUAACUGGAUCAACAGAGACAGAUUUGUUCUCUCGAACGGUCACGCUUGUGCUUUGUUGUACAUCCUGCUGCAUUUGUUCGGAUACGAUUUGUCCAUUGAGGAUUUGAAGUCCUUCAGACAGCUCAACUCCAAGACCCCUGGUCACCCGGAAAGAGGUCUUCCAGGUGUUGAAGUCACCACCGGUCCUUUGGGUCAAGGUAUUUCCAACGCUGUUGGUUUAGCUAUUGCUCAGGCUAACUUUGCUGCUACCUACAACAAGCCAGGCCACACUCUGUCCGACAGUUUCACCUACUGUUUCUUUGGUGACGGAUGUAUGAUGGAGGGUGUUGCCUCUGAGGCUAUGUCUCUUGCUGGUCACUUGCAAUUGGGUAACUUGAUUGCUUUCUACGAUGACAACAAGAUUUCCAUCGACGGUAGCACCAGUUUCGCCUUCACUGAAGACGUUACCAAGAGACUUGAGGCUUACGGCUGGGACAUUCACGUUGUUGAGGACGCAGACACCGACCUUGCUGCCAUCUCUGCUGCCAUUAAGGAGGCCAAGAAGUCCCCCAAGCCAUCUGUGAUCAGAAUCAAGACCACCAUCGGUUACGGUUCGCUCAAGGCCGGUACUGAGUCCGUUCACGGAGCUCCGCUCAAGCCAGAUGACAUUGUCCAAUUGAAGAAGAAGUUUGGUUUCGACCCAGAAAAGUUCUUCGAUGUCCCACAGGAGGUUUACUCUCUCUUCCACAAGGUCUCUGAAGCCGGUGCUGCUGCUGAGGCUGAGUGGAACAAGGUCUUUGCUUCUUACCAGAAGGAGUACCCAGAACUUGGUGCCCAACUUGCUAGAAGACUCAAGGGCGAGCUCCCAGCCGACUUGGAGAAGGUUUUGCCUGUGUACAAGCCAGAAGAUGCUGCUGUGGCCAGCAGAAAGCUGUCCGAGAUCUGCUUGGGUAAGUUGCAGGCUGAGUUGCCAGAGUUGAUCGGUGGUUCUGCCGACUUGACUCCAUCCAACUUGACCAGAUGGUCUGGUGCCACUGACUUCCAAUCAGAGUCCUCUGGUUUGGGUGACUACUCUGGUAGAUACAUCAGAUUCGGUGUGAGAGAACACGGAAUGGGUGCCAUCAUCAACGGUAUUUCUGCCUUCGGUGCCAACUACAAAGUGUUUGGUGCCACUUUCCUCAACUUUGUGUCUUACGCUGCCGGUGCCGUGAGACUUUCUGCUCUGUCUCACCACCCAAUCAUCUGGGUUGCUACUCAUGACUCCAUUGGUUUGGGUGAGGAUGGUCCAACCCAUCAGCCUAUCGAAACUCUGGCCCACUUGAGAGCCAUUCCUAACUUGAUGGUCUGGAGACCAGCAGAUGGUAACGAGACCUCUGCUGCCUACAUCAAGGCCAUUGAGAGUACCAAGACUCCUUCCAUCCUUGCUCUUUCUAGACAAAACUUGCCUCAAUUGGCUGGUUCUAGCAUCGAGAAGGCCUUGAAGGGUGGUUACACUGUCUACGAGGUUUCUAAUCCAAAGCUCAUCUUGGUUUCCACCGGUUCUGAGGUUUCUCUCUCCAUCGAUGCCGCUAAGGUUCUUGCUGACAAGGGUAUUCCAACUGCUGUUGUGUCUCUUCCAGACUUCCACACCUUUGAUGCUCAAUCCUCUGACUACAAGCUGUCUGUUCUUCCAAACGGCGUGCCAAUUCUCUCUGUUGAGGUGAUGUCCUCUUCGGGAUGGUCCAAGUACUCCCACGCCCAGUUUGGUCUCAACAGAUUCGGUGCUUCCGGUAAGGCAGGAGAUGUGUACAAGUUCUUCGAGUUCACCACCGAGGGUGUUGCCAAGAGAGGUCAACAAACCUACGAGUUCUUCAAGGACAAGCCAUUGAUUUCCCCAUUGCUGACUCCUUUCUAA